UAGAUAGAAAGAAAAAACUGUAAGAAGAUAAAAUCAGUAUUACUACUCAACCCUUUUUACCCUUUUAUUAACAAGAAAUAUCUUUCUUUAUCUGUUCAAGUGAAAACCACACACUGUGCAUCAGGGUUUCCAUUUUUAGGUAUUUGUGGUGUGUGCUUGCUUGCUUGCUGGCUGGGGACCAAGAAAAGAGAGAGAGAGAGAGAAUCUAGAGAGAGAAAGUAGAGAGAGAGAUGGGAAGGGGAAAGGUGCAGUUGAAGAGGAUAGAGAACAAGAUAAACAGACAGGUGACUUUCUCAAAGAGGAGAGCUGGUUUGCUGAAGAAAGCUCAUGAGAUCUCUGUUCUCUGCGAUGCUGAGGUCGCUUUGAUUGUCUUUUCUCACAAGGGCAAGCUCUUUGAGUACUCUACUGAUUCUUGCAUGGACAGUAUACUGGAGAAGUACGAAAGAUAUUCAUUUGCAGAAAGACAAUUAGUUGCUCAUGAGCCUGACUCACCUGCCAAUUGGACACUUGAGUACAGCAAACUGAAGGCAAGAAUUGAGCUCUUGCAACGAAAUCAUAGGCACUAUAUGGGAGAAAAUCUGGAAAGCAUGAGCCUGAAAGAUCUUCAGAACCUGGAACAACAACUUGACACUGCUAUCAAGAACAUUCGCUCUAGAAAAAAUCAGCUCUUGUACGAUUCCAUUUCUGAGUUGCAGAGAAAGGAGAAAGCCAUACAAGAGCAAAACAGCAUGCUUGUAAAGAAGAUCAAAGAGAAGGAGAAGGAAAUGGGACAACAGGCACAGUGGGACCAGCAGCAAAACCACUGCGCUAACGCCGCCGACCUGCCGCCGCUUCCACCACCACAACAACAAUAUUUAAUGUCAUCUCAGCUUCCUUGCCUAAAUAUCGGGGGGGGCACUUAUGAAGACGAAGCAGAAGCUAGAAGGAACGAACUUGACCUGACUCUCGACUCGAUGUAUUCAUGCCACCUAGGAUGCUUUGCUGCAUGAGAAUCGAACUGUUUCUAGAAAUCAAGGGAUACGAACAAGUUUUUCGAAAAUGGUAACUCAAAUCUGAGUGAGAAAAUAAGAUGAUGCUCUCUUUAUGUAUUAUAUUGAUUGUGUUCUUCUUCUUGUAUUUGAGUGUAUGUAUAAUCUUGAUGAUGACUUCAAAUUACUCUUUUGCCAUGAGUUAUAUUCAUAUGGGGCUGUAAAUUGUGGAGCUCAUUAAGAAUCUUAAUUGACAAUAAUAAUGUAAUUAAAUCUUAUGUGUGAUUCUUGCAAGUCCUAUU